AUGUUUAUCGACAUUGCUGUGAACAUCACUGACAGGCUUCUAGCAAGAGACGAAGGCUCUGUCGAGGAAGUCAUUAAAAGGUGCAAAGACAGCAAAGUCCUUCCGAUAUUUGUCGGUCUGGAUCAUAAUACAAGUAAACGCUGUGUGAGUUUAGCAAGAAAAUAUAAAACGGUGUCAACUGUAGGGGUUCAUCCUACAUCGUCUUCAAGGUAUAAGAAUAUUGAUGAAAUCAUCCCGUUGAUCAACGAUGAUGUUGUUGUUGCAAUAGGAGAAUGUGGUUUAGAUUAUGACCGUCUCGAGUUUGCAGAUAAGACUUCGCAGAAGAGGAUUUUUAGAUCCCAGUUGGACCUAAAGGGAGACUGCUAUUUUCUUCACUCAAGAUCUUGCCACAGAGACUUUAUGGAGACUAUUUCUGAUUAUGAAAUAAGAGGUGUUGUUCAUAGCUUCACUGGGGACAUAGAAGAGGCCAAGGAAUUGAUAAAAAAAGGAUUGUUUAUAGGAGUCAACGGAUGUUCUGUAAAGACUCCAGAAGGAAUAGAUGUUAUAAGAAGUCUUCCUCUUGAAUCUCUUCUUAUAGAGACAGACUCGCCAUACUGUAAGAUCAGAAAGAGCUAUGCAGGAUUCAAGUAUGUCACAACAGACUUCGGCGGCGAGAAAGUUUUAAAGAAGAAGAAUGAGCCUUGCUGUAUUAUCCAGAUGGCUGAAAUAAUAAGUAGUAUAACUGAAAGAGAUUACAGCUAUGUCGUAAAUACCCUAUUUGAAAACACAAUCCGGCUUUAUGGGGAUUCGGUAAAGAGGUCAGUAGAGGAAUGGGGUUUUUAA